GCCCUCUGAGCUGGGGCUGGGCUUGUCUCCCAUCUCCUGCGGUGGGCUGGUAUUUCCUAACAUCCUCUUCCUUCUGAAGGAGGUGGAGUAGUCGUGUAUUAGGAGUGCAUUAUUGGGUAAAUUAAGACUUUCUUUUGAAUGGCAAUUCAAACAAAAACUGUUUGGACCUGGCUACUCAGCGCUGGUAUAGAAAUUAUUUCACUGAACUUGGUUCAAGAACUACACCUGCUGCUACUGGUGUCUCCAGCAGCAGGAGAGCACUUGCAGUGGAAAGUGCUUUUUUUUCUAAUGUGUGGAGAGAACCUGCAGCUUAUGGCAUUCUGGGUCAAGUCAAGCAGGGCUUUAGUCUUCUGCAAGUACUGACAGGUGGUACACAUAGGAUUCAAAGAAGGAUGGGGUGGAAUACAAAUUGAAUUUCCUGUUUGGGGCAUUACCAGAGGAAGGAGGAGGAAAUGUGGUGGGCAAAUUGGACUGUAACAGCAGGUUGGUAGGACUUGGUCCCUAUCAUGUGGCUGGAUUCUGCUGAUGAGAAGGUAAUAAGCACUUGAGUUUGAGGUAAGCGGCCCAAAAAUAAUAAUCCCUUUUCUCUCAUCUUCUACUGUACCAGACUGCUAAGGUACAAAGUCUGUUCCUGGGAGGUCCAACAUCAAAUAGCAUAUGGCUACAAUUUUUGAGUCUUUGUGUCAAAACUCUGCUACUUCCUUUCACAUUCAUUUGGUCCCACCAAAACCAGCGUGUUUGCUUCUACCUGGUGGUGGCUCAGAGCAGCAGGUGUAGCCUGUUCCAAGGCCUGUGGGGUGCAAGUGUCUUUGCUACAGCAAACCCCUUCUACUGCUUUCCCCAGGAGUGCUGUAAACUGAUGUGGGAGGAAGCUAUGGCAUCAGAGGAGCCUGCUGUCUGCUCCUUCGUGGACCAAACCACGUGGGAGCUCCUCAACCUGCUGGACAUAGUGGGGAGGCGAAACGGACGGGUGCUGGUGAUGGAGGUGGACAAUGACAAUGUGAGAACUCCCUCGGUGCUGUUGGAUUUUGCCCAGGACCUGUGUGGCACAGCUGACGUCAGGGCUAAACUACAGCAGGCGGAGAGGAUGGAAGAGGAGGAGGAGGUUCGGCCACAUCUGGUUUUUAUGCUGUGGCAAGCCACUGUGUUGAAGCAGCUCAUGCGGUGGGAGCACCUGGAUGAGGCCCUCUGGGAUGUGAGGAGCCUCCUCCCCUGCCUGCCAGAUGUGCUGGUGCUUGUGAUGAUCCAUCCAGGCCCCCAGGAGCAGCUGGACCAGGCAGUGGGAGCGCUUAGGAGGCUGCAGUGUCUGCUGGAUGGGGCCUGGCAACUGGUGGUAGAGGCAGCGGUCUACAGCCCCGGCCAGCCUGGUGGUAUCCUGGAGGCAGAGCGAGCUGCGUGUAGAGCACUGAGAGAAGUCUUAAACUGCCAUGAAGAGUUCAGUUACUGCUGUGCCCUACCUGAACAUAUGCCACACGAGGUAUCAAAGAUGGCUGGAGAAUGAGUUUCCUCGGGCAGCAGAAUCUGGCAGGUUGGUUUCAGUGCUGUUCACCUGGAUGUCUCUUUGUAGAAAUACUCCCCUCCUGGUGCGUUGCUUGUCUGCCCAGUCCUUCUGCAUGGACAUGAUUCAGUAUGUGGCUGCUGCCAGAGGGGGACACUGUGCCCUCAGCAUCACUCUGUCCUUGCUACAAAGCUCAGAUUUCUUUGGCUACAAAGCUCAGAUUUCUUUGCUGCAUUGGCUGAACAAUCUACCCCAAAAAACUUCUAUCAAAAAUCACUGAGUUUCUGCUUUGCAUGAAAUGCCUUGCUCGAAUAUCAAAAUGUCCCCGAGAAACCUGCUGGGCUGUCCCCAAGAAACCAGCUGUCAACAGGGAGGGAGUCAGAGCAGGCCAGCAGCCUCUGGAUUUUAAACUGUCCCAAAACAGAUUGUGAAACAAACUCAGAGGUAAGAGCUAAGACCACAUUUUCCCAGGAGAGCCUGGAUGCAGGGCUCUUUGGUAUGUAGCUCCCAUCAGCACAAAGCUCCUGAAAUUCCCCAGGGUUCUUUGUAGUCACAGGAUGGUGGGAGAGCAAAGUUUGCUGCCCCCUCUUGCUUAUCGAACAAGAUGCUGCAAACAAGACAAAGGUCCAUCUCCUGUUGCACUGCUGUUUGCCAUUAGUGUGUUGGCCUUUCCCAAGAUACUGUCCUUACACCAGAACAGUCGAAGGGUCUGGGAUGAGCUGUCUAAACUUGUUACACUGAUCCGUGGGAUCCUUCCCACCUACCCUGAUGGAAGGACCUGUGGAUGGUUUAUGUGCACAGCAUGCUCUGUAAGUCACUAUUUCACAGAUGGACACUCCAGGCGUGCCUGGUAGCUCAGUGUGGUGUGUUUGGGCAUGCGACACCUUGCUGUCAUUCGUGCUGUGUUUUCAUGCUUGCUGCCUGAGCAGCCCUUCAGUACGAUGGGUGAAAGAAGCUUACUGUAUCUUGACCCAAACUCCACUGAGAUCUAUAGAUCAGGGUCGAAGUGCUGGCUUACAGAGGUCUCAGCACAGCUCUUGUGGGAGGACUGAGGGCGGUGUGGGCUGAACCCACAACGUGUGUGGGGCUGAGAAUCAGCUGGAGCGAGGACGGUCCUCAUCUAUGCGCAAAUGCAGACUGACACUGCUGAGCCCUUCUGUAACAGGAAAUCAAUCAGCAUCCUCUUCAAACUAGAGGCACUACAAUUAAACCAGUACAUUUGUGUUCGCUCCUCAUUCCUGGGUAAAAAAAAAAAAAAUCUGUGCAGAUGAAAACCCAACAUUUAGCCAACUGUCAAUUAAAGGAGCUGUUGCAGGCAGCUGACCUUACACCCAUAAAAGUGGGUACCAGUAGACAUCCAGCAGGUUGAAUUACUGGGAUGGGUUAUUUUGGAUGGUAGAAACUGUGGGAGCAGUAGAUUAUUUUUGUUUUGAAGGCCAAUGGCCCAUGUAAUAGCUGAACUCAUUUCCCAUCUUCUCUGGGCAUGGCAAGGCACUAUGGUUAGCUCCACAUUUUUGCAUUGGGAGUUUAAAUGUAUUUCUUCUCUGGUUUUUUUACAGAUCUUGUAUCCACCUAAGAUCUUAUCAAUCUCCAAAAGAAGUAUUAAAAACCUGGUAUUUAUUU